AUGUUGUGGCGGGAAACGUCAUCUCAUCGUUCACUGUGGCGUGCCCUGCCCUUCCCACAAUCCGCCCCUUCAACAUCCUCCUCCUCUCCUCUCUCCCACGAGUUCCCUCCCCACUAUUUCACCCUGUCCUCCACCUAUUUCCUCUCCUCAUCUGCUGCAGCUGGAACAUCAGACUACUCCACCGCUAUCCCUCCUCCUCUCAUUUCUCCCCUCAUCGGCUCAGCAGCAGACUACUCCACCGCUAUCCCUCCUCCUCUUCUUAUUUCUGCCCUCAUCGGCGCAGCAGUAGACUACUCCGCCGCUAUCCCUCCUCUUAUUUGUCCCCUCAUAGGUGCUGUAGCAGACUACUCUGCCGCUAUCCCUCCUCUUAUUUCUCCCCUCAACGGCUCGGCAGCAGACUACUCCGCCAUUAUCCCUCCUCCUUUUAUUUCUCCCCUCAGCGGCUUAGCAACAGACUACUCCGCCCUUAUUCCUCCGCCUCUAAUACCUCUCCCCUCAUAUGCUCUGGAGCCGUCUCCUCCUCCUUAUGGCAACUUCUCUCGCCCUCCCAUCCGUCCCUCUGCUGGUCCUUCAGCUUGCACCCAAUGGCACAGAGUGGUUAUGGCGCCAUUCCUACCUCUUCCUCUGCACCUACCUCUUCUUCCUCUGACCCAUAUGAUGAUGGCCUUCGUGCUUCUAUCGCUGAAAUGUGAGCGGAUUGCAGCCACAGCCCAAGCCACUGCCGCAGCUGCUCCUAACAAUGCCGCAGCCCGUGACCCAGCUUGUGUUCUUGCUGAGUCCCUCAAGAGCACCCGCAAGGGCCUCACUAAACACCUCGUUUCCCCUUCUCCUCGCUCUGCCUCUACGCCCACUGCUUUUGCUCCAUCUCACUCUGACCUUCUCGCCAACUGGCAUGUUGCCAAUGCACGUGCCUGUCAGUCGCAGACUCCUAUCAAUGCCAUUUCCCUCUUACGCGGGCUCACCUCUCUCCGCCUCGCUGUCUUUACCACCAUGGCAGAUUACAUCGCUCGUGUCCAGACACUGUCCUCCCAACUUUGCGCUCAAAAGUUUGAACUUUCCGAUCAUGUCGGCGGUGCCCUCCUCCUCACAGGCCUCACUACUGAAUACAUUGUUCAUGUCACCCUCUAUGGUGAGUGCCCCGCCGACCAGUGGUCGUUCUCCUGUGUCUCUGCAUUUCUCCACCAAGCAAAGUUCAACAUCCGCAGCUGCCCUCCUACUACCGCUGCCCUCCUACUAAACCCCUCCACCACUGCCGCCGUUGCUUCCUCUCACCCUCGCAACACCUUUCCCCCUUGCACCUAUAGGGGCCCCGCAAGGGUUGGCAAAGGCAAUUGCAUCAUUCUCCAGGGGCCCCGCAAGGGUCAGCCUUGCGGUCGAACCAAUCAUCCCACCUCCUCCUGCUUCCAGAAGCUCACCAAUGACCGGUUCCUGGCUGACAACACUGGUCGCCCUCCCAACUGGCUCCAACUCUCUCGUCAGUGUCGCUAG